AUGUCUUCGAUGAGUGGUGACGAAAAUGAAUUGAUGGAAAAUGAAUCAGUGAGGAGAACGAGAUCCGGACGUGCGUUGAAGACCCCUGUUAAAAAGACGCCUAUCAAAAAACCUGCCACUAGAACUACGCGGGCUCGCGGCAAAGCCGUUGUAGAAACAGAAGCUGUUGAGGAAUGUACAACUGUAAUUGAAGAGUUAGAAGAAGAUUCUGCCCCAGGAAAUGGAAUGCAAGAAUUCGAACAAGUUUUAAUUGAAUCUAACGAGGAAAGUGCAUCAUCAGCGCAAUUUGAAAAUUCUGAAGAGGUUAUUGAUCCUCAAGAAGAAACACAAUACGAUCAUUUAGAUCAAGAAACACAGGGUGUACCCGAAUUAGAGGCUCCUCCACCUCCAAUUGUUAGCAACAAAACAGCUUCUACUCCAAUUUCAUCAACUCUUCGCGUGAAAGAAUCUGUACAAAUGACGGAGGACGAGAGUGACGUUAUCACACUAGAAGAUAACAGCGGAGACAAUGUUAUUCAGACGCAGGAUGAUAAUCCUGGAGAUGAAGGUAUGAAUGGUGGUCAUGUGGAAGAAAAUCAAAUCAAUGAUAUCAAUGAAGUGAUUGAUGAAAUGAAAUCAAACGAAGCUAUGGAAGAAGAAACAGAUGUUACCAUUCAAGAACAAACUGAUGAGCCUAUGGAAGUUAAUGAUACAGUGCAAGAAGUUGAAGAGAAAGAUGAGAAAGAUGCUGGUGACAAUGAUAAUAACGAAGAAAAAAUUGAAGAACAAGCAGAGAACCCUCAGCCUGAAACUGAACAAGAAGUUGAUCCAACUCAAGUAGACGAAGAGGGUGAAAAGAAAGAGCCUGAUACUGAAGCUGUAUCCGAGGAUGAGUUCCCUACAGAAGCUGCAGCUAAGUAUUUACACGACGUGGAAGAUGUGUCUGACGAUGACUUUUCCUUAGAGACUGAAGCAGUUUCUGACGAAGAAUUACCUGCAGCACCACCAGCAGAUCUCGGUGAAACUGAAUCUGUAUCUGAGGAUGAGCUACCCCCAGAGAGUGAGAAAAAACGAAAAGCAGCUGCUAAAGCGUCAGAAAAAACACGGGAAAAAAAAGUUAAAGUAGAAGCUGGUACGAAAAGAAAAUUAAAUGCUGAAGGUGAAUACGAUCCCAAUUCACCAACUUCGGAAACUAAUGAAGAAACUCCGGCCAAAAAAGCAGCACUGGCUACAGACACUGAGACUGAGGAAAAAACAGAAACUGCUCCACCUUCACCUAAGAAAAAAACUCUACCUGAAUUGGAUAAAUAUUGGAAAGCAGUAAUUGAAGAUCCUUCAGAUUUUACUGGAUGGACAUAUUUACUUCAAUAUGUUGAUCAGGAGAAUGAUGCUGAAGCAGCCCGUGAAGCCUAUAGUAAAUUUUUGGAACGCUAUCCCUACUGCUAUGGAUAUUGGCGCAAAUACGCCGAUUAUGAGAAGAAAAAGGGCAAUCCUGAUAAUGUACAGACGCUCGAGUUAGGAAGACGCGUGGGCAGUGUGCACGCACGUAAAUAUGGUUUUCCCUUCCAACAGCCUAGCACGUCUUGUGGCACCCAUUCAGCUCUCUUCGUUUACGAAUUAGCUAAUUAUUUAAUUAUGAUUAGUACUAUUAUUAAAUUAUUUAAAAAAUUUAUUCAAAUGCGAUUACGUAAUACUGUUUUAUUAUCAUUACCGUUAUUAUCGUUAUUUUAUGAGCUUAAUUACGUAUUCGACAAUGGUUUGCAAGCUAUUUCUCUCAGUGUUGACUUGUGGCUACAUUACAUCAACCACUGUAAGAGUAUCUACGAAGAAGAUGAAGAAAAAAUGCGUGAACAAUAUGAAAGAGCUAUUGAGGCUUGUGGUUUGGAGUUUAGAUCCGAUCGUUUAUGGGAAAGUUAUAUCAAAUGGGAAACUGAGGGAAAACGAUUUAGUAGAGUUACAGCUCUUUAUGACAGAUUACUUUGUGUGCCAACACUCGGUUACAUGACACACUUUGAAUCAUUUCAAGAAUUCGUAUCAGUCAACAGUCCCAACCGGAUUUUAAAUGUAGAUGAUUUCCUAGCAUUAAGGGCCGAAGUUAAGGCUAUGCUAAAAGCUGAAGAGACACCAGCAGCAGCACCUACAGAUGACGCCCCUCCUGGUGAAGAAUUACCUCCUCAUGAAGCUCCACCGACUGAUGAGGAAACACGUGCCAUUCGUGAAAAAAUAAUUAGCAGCAGACGUAAAAUGCAUAAAGCUAAUGUGAAUGCUGUCGCUGCUCGAUGGGCAUUUGAAGAAGGUAUUAAACGGCCUUAUUUCCAUGUCAAGCCACUUGAACGCUGUCAAUUAAAAAAUUGGAAAGAAUAUCUUGAUUUUGAAAUUGAGCAGAAAGAUGAAAAGCGUAUCAUUAUUCUAUUUGAACGUUGUUUGAUUGCUUGUGCCCUGUACGAUGAAUUUUGGCUACGAUUCAUUCGUUAUUUGGAGUCUUUAAAAGGUGACAACGUUGAAAAAAUAAGGGAUGUUUAUGUACGAGCAUGUGAGAUUCAUCAUCCGAAAAAACCAAAUCUUCAUCUUCAAUGGGCAACAUUUGAAGAAGGACGAAAUUGCUUUGAUAAAGCUGCUACUAUUCUUGAAAAUAUUGACAAUGUUAUACCCAAUAUGUUACAAAUAGCAUAUCGUCGAAUAAAUCUUGAACGUCGUCGUGGUGAUCUAGAGAAAGCAUGCACACUUUAUGAAAGUUACAUAAGUAAUAGUAAAAAUAGAACAAUAGCUAAUAAUAUUGUUGUAAAAUAUGCAAGAUUUCUGUGUAAAUUUAAAAAUGACAUUGACAAGGCUGUUAAAGUUUUACUUAAAGCUGCAGAUAAAGAUAAGGAAAAUCCACGACUCUAUCUUCAAUUAAUUGAUUUGGGUUUGCAAAGAAAUCCCGUUGAUACCAAGGAAAUUAUUGGCUAUAUGGACAUGUUCAUUGAACGAGAGCAUGUAGACCUUGAACAGAGGGUUCUCUUUGCCCAACGAAAAGUUGAAUUCCUUGAAGAUUUCAGCUCCGACAUCAAUCAAGUACUUCAAGCUCACGAACAAUUUCAACAGUGCAUAAAACAAGCGAAAGAACGUAAAAAGACAAAGAACGAGGACAGUAAAAUUGAUUCAUCGCCACCGAAGAAAAUAAAAACGACGGAUCCAUCUAGUGCACCACCACCACCCACUGCCAACACACAAUCGACUUAUCAGUACAGCAGUGGAACAAGUGGAACUUACCCAUCCCAACAACAAUUCCAAAGUGGACAGUAUACCAACCAAAGCGGAUAUCAGCAGAGUUAUCAGCAAUAUCCGCCGCCAUCAGAUCCCAACUAUGCAAACUAUCAAAAUUGGCAGUACAGUCAAAGUGGACCGCAGGCUUACGGACCUUAUAAUCAGUGGGGAUCUUACAAUUAUUAUUAG